GCACAGUUUUUUUUUUUUACUUUUGCCAAUAUGUACUGGGUCUCCAUGGUGCUACUUCCACUCUUGGAGAUCUGACCUUGACUGAAGGUUAUGAAGUUAAGGUCACAUGCGGACAGCCAAACCCCGGACACUGUUUCAGUUCAGUGUCAGCCGGGACGUCUUGGUCAGGAGCCUUAAGGAGUCGAUAAAGGGAAAAGAACCAGGUUGCUCCUGCCUCCUUUAAUGAUUUCUAAUAAAGGAUGAAAGUACUGAGUGGCUAAACACUACAGGUAGACCUGUGAAGUGCUCCUGUGAUGUAAAAGAUAUAUAACCAACGUAUGCAGGUGUCCCAGCGACACAGGUCAUUGGUUCAUUAUCUCGUACUGAACUGAUUUGCGUGAUCGAUCGACCCUGAUAUGAGCGUUCACACAUCCUCUUUUCAAAGAGAUGUGACCGAAAACUUGGAGAGGUGCAGCGGUUUCCCCAACACCUGCAAGUACAACCUCAGGACAAGGAAGAGGAAGAGAAGCGCUUCAUGUCAGGAUGAUCUGGCCAGCAGGAGACACCGGAGCAGUGAGAGCAGGGAGCCGGCCAGAGAGCUGGGCCCUGCCAGGGCUGCCGCCGAGAAUAUAGCGCCGCAUCCGCUCCUGGCAGGUGAAACUAGGAGGCUGGAUUUCGAAGCUAAAUAUUGUCAGUCAGACUUGCUGGCCAGAGGCGGUCAUGCAUCCGUCUACACCGGGUACAGGAGAGUUGACCAUGCCCCGGUGGCAAUCAAACGCAUCCCCAGGAAGAACAUCUUCCGGAAAUCAGUGUUGCACAGAAACAUGAUGGUUCCUUCUGAAGUGGUUGUGAUGGACAAAGUGGCCUGUGGAGACGGAGAGCCAGAGGGGAGAUCGAUAACUAUAUCCCUGUUGGAUUAUUAUGAACUCCAGGAAGAGCUCGUGCUGGUCCUGGAACGCCCGGUUCCCGUGAGCAACCUGCGCGAUUACGCAGAGGCCAAAGGGGGUUUCUUGCAGGAUGAAGAGGCAAAGUUCAUUUUCAAGCAACUUGUGGAAGCAGCUGCAGAGCUUGAUUUGAAAAGUAUCUUUCACCGAGACAUCAAGGUGGACAACAUCUUAAUCGACACCAGCUCCGGUUUCCCACGUUUGCGGCUGAUUGAUUUUGGACUGAGCUGUUUCACCAAGAAGAGCUCUUGGUACACGCUGUUCUAUGGCACUUCAGCACACAUUCCGCCUGAAUGGUACAGUCGCAAGAGCUACCGGCCCGGUCCGACCACGGUCUGGCAGAUGGGCAUCGUCUUGUACGAGAUGCUGCACGACGGCGACAACUUUGAGACCAGACGGUUUUUAAAAGACGAACUGAAGAUCAGAAAAAACCUGCCUCUGAGGUGUCAAGAGAUGCUGCAUUGGUGUUUGGCUAAAGACCCUAAACGGCGCCCCACCCUGGCAGAGCUCCUGCUACAUCCCUGGCUAACGGCGAGCCAGGAUGACCACUGAAUCACUUCUUGAGAGUCUCAUAGGUUUGCUCCCUAAGUCAGAAUGGUUGGACAGCAGGCAGAUGCUCCAUGGUUUACGUCACUGCCCAUCAGACCUUGGGGGAGUUUGAAGGUGAAGCUGAUCCAGCAUUAAUCUAGGGGAAACCAUGCUCCCAAAACAACUCUUCCAAACUGUUCUGGUUCUUCACAAGACAACAUCACGCCUCAGAACAUUUCCAACACAGAAACGCGACGGUGAGAACCUGGGUGUCUUCCUUGAAUUUUGAACUACUGUUGAAUGAACAAUAUAAUGCAGCAAUGCAGAGGCUGUCAGUGAAUACAAAUAAAAACCAAGUUCAUUUCAUGCUGCCUGGCUUCAGUUGGGAACCACAUUGCAACUCGCCAAAGACACAACUGCUUCCAGGCCUCAUAAUGCUUUUACUCUUUCCACAUUCACAUUAUAUUUGCGUGGGCUUCUAUUCUAGGCGCAGCGUGACGCUUGAGCAAUGGUUAAGAUGACUCGAAGAGACCACCUCGCAGGUCAACCUGGUCUGACAGGAUUCAGGUUGACAAAGGAAGGAAGAGAAAAGGCCCUUUCUGUCCCUGGACAAACUCAGACGUUCCAUUGGACGAGGGACAGCCGCCUGCUCUGUGGUGUUGCUGGCAACCCUGGCAAGGCAAGCAUGAA